AUGUAUCGUCAGAUACUCGUGAAGGACUGCGAUAAGGCAUUGCAACGAAUUUUGUGGCGCAGCGAUGCUAAUGAGCCGAUAGCAGUGUACGAGUUGAACACGGUCACAUACGGCACGGCCUGUGCUCCGUUCUUAGCCAUCCGAACCCUGCAGCGAAUCUUUGAUGAUCAUGGCACCAAGUUUCCGAAGGCAAUGGCAUGCAAGGCAGAUUUUUACGUCGAUGAUUUGCUGUCCGGUGCAACGACAACACGUGAUGCACAAGAAAUGGCCGGGCAGUUAAAUAAGUUACUUUCGUGCGGAGGAUUCAGUUUAAGAAAGUGGGCAUCCAAUUGCCCAGAAGCGCUGAAAGAUAUUCCGGAAGAUCAAAGAGCAACCAACCCACAGCAUGAAUUGGCAGCCGAGACCAGCUCUAUUUCGACGCUUGGAUUAUUGUGGACACCUGAAUCGGAUAUUUUACAAGUCCAGGUUAAGCUACCGAUACAGGAGAGCAAAUGCACGAAACGACAGGUGCUAGCAUGUAUUGCACGUAUCUACGAUCCACUCGGCUUCAUAGAUCCGGUUAAGAUGAAGGCCAAGCUUUUUAUGCAGCAAAUUUGGAUGUUGAAGGGAACAGAUAAGCGCGCUUGGCCAUGGGAUGAAGAACUCCCGGAACAGUUGGCUCGAGAUUGGAUGUCAUUUUUUAUGCAGCUACAUCUCUUGGAAAAGGUACGCAUUCCACGGGUAGUUAUUCAGAGUGAUACGUUAUCGAUGCAGUAUCACCUGUUCUGCGAUGCAUCAGAGAAAGGCUACGACUUUGUAUCCGUUGGUAACAUACCCAACUGUUGGGAACACCCUGUGUCGCGAUUGCCGAUCGGUUGA